UAGAGAAUAGAGAGGGUGAGGACACCGAAAGUAGUGCUGCUGUAGCAUUACUGUUACCAACACUAAAAUACUCUCUCCACUCAUAUCAGUCUUACCAUUCACAUAGAGCCCUUCAAUUCAUUUAGAAAUCUGCGCUCUGCCUUCUUCCAUUUUCUACCAAUGCGGCUUCAGCAUGAGCACAUUGCUCUACCAACACCAAUGUUUCUCCACUGCGCCAGAUAUUGCCAAACUAGAAGCUCUAGAUUCUCGGAGAUGCUCACCGGAAGCUGCAUUGUGUUCCUCCUCCUUGUUUCCUCUUUUCCCCAGCGUGCCUCCGCAAUCUACAACCUCACUCUCCCCGGCCAGCACCCCAACCCUGACCAUGUUGCUCAAGACCUUCACAGGAGAGUGAAUGGGUCUAUUUGGAGACGAGAAAUGUUAUCCAAGGAGGCGGGGUCGUGGUGUAUGACGGGCAACCCCAUCGACGACUGCUGGCGCUGCGACCCGAACUGGCAGCUGAACCGGCAGCGGCUGGCGGAGUGCGGCAUCGGGUUCGGGCAGUACGCCCUGGGCGGCAAGGGCGGGCGGUACUACGUGGUGACGGACUCGUCCGACCACGACCCCGUGAGCCCUCGCCCGGGCACGCUCCGCUACGGCGUGAUCCAGACGGAGCCCCUGUGGAUCGUGUUCGCCUCCAACAUGCUCAUCCAGCUCUCCCAGGAGCUCAUCUUCAACUCCUACAAGACCCUCGACGGCCGCGGCGCCAACGUCCACAUCAUCGGCGGCGGAUGCCUCACCCUCCAGUACAUCAGCAACGUCAUCAUCCACAACCUCCACAUCCACCACUGCUACCAGUCUGGGGAGACCAACAUCCGCUCCAGCCCCACGCACUACGGCUGGCGCGGCAAGUCCGACGGCGACGGCAUCUCGGUGUUCGGGGCCAGGGACAUCUGGAUCGACCACUGCUCCAUGUCGCACUGCAAGGACGGCCUGAUCGACGUGGUCAUGGGGUCCACGGGGGUCACCAUUUCGAACAACCACUUCUCGCACCACAACGAGGUGAUGCUGCUAGGCCACAGCGAUGACUACUUGCCUGACUCCGGGAUGCAGGUCACCAUCGCUUUCAACCACUUUGGGAAGAAGUUGAUACAGAGGAUGCCGCGCUGCAGGAGAGGCUACAUUCAUGUUGUCAAUAAUGAUUUCACCAGGUGGGAGAUGUAUGCCAUUGGCGGCAGUGGGAACCCCACCAUUAACAGCCAGGGGAAUCGUUAUAUCGCCCCCUAUGAUCGGAAUGCUAAGGAGGUGACGAAGCGCGUGGAUACAGCGGAGGGCGACUGGAGGGGGUGGAAUUGGAGAAGUGAAGGUGAUAUAAUGGCGAAUGGUGCCUACUUUGUGGCUUCAGGACAGGGUGUGGAGGUCAAGUACGAGAAGGCCUACAGUAUAGAACCCAAAUCUGCCGCAUAUAUUGACCAAAUCACUUACAAUGCUGGUGUGCUCGGCUCCAGGCGCAACAAUAUGGGCAAGUGGACAGCCGGAAACAGUACUUCUGGAGGUGAUCUAGAUGCGAAUUCGGGCAUAUUCGAGGACUACGAUGAAUAUUCCGGGAGCUGGAGGCCUUGCUCUGCUCAUUCUAUUCUCAAAACUUUUCUAACAGCCUUAUCACUCAUUCUGUUUCUAAGCAUCAAAUGAUUGGGACGAAUCCAAAAAUGUGGUUUUUCUCCCUACUUAUUCGAAACAUUGGAACUUCAUUACUCUUCACAAAA